CCGCAGUCUGAGCUCCUUUCAGCUGACUCAGCAGAACUCCAGACACGACUUCGAGGAGCUCAACGUCUCUGAGGCGACGAGUUUUCAGAACGGUUCCAGAUGUUCCUGCAGUUAGAACCGAGCGGACGGUCCGGUCAGCGGUGAGGAUCCAGCAGCAGCAGCAGCAGGAGGAGGUUCCUCUCUGCCCUCCUCCUGCUCAGAGGGGAGCAGGAACAGAGAGCUGCAGAGGAAGCUGCUGUAAUUUGUUGCUCAUUUACUCCCAUCAUGCUCAGGGGGCGUAAAGAAUCCAGCUGAUAAGACUAUAAAAGCCUGGAUCCACCCUGCUGACCGCUCUGACUGGAAAACUUGGAGUUUUUGGAGUUUUUGCCAGAAGGAGCAGGUUACUUUCAGUUCUCUGACACUUGCUCCUGCAGGAGAACGUCUUUGUUGGGAGUUUCUGCUGCAGGGAGGAUGUUGUUUUCUGUCUUUACUCCUGAGGACCGGAGCCGUUAGGUGUUGGACUUCUCCCCUCUGGAGCCAUGGUUCUGGUUCUGGUUCUGGUUCUGCUGCUGAGUCUCUGCAGACAAAGUUCAGGACAACAGCAGACUCCUGCUCCUGGUCGCUGUGACCUCCCUCAGAGACUGGACCUUCACACAGACUGCACCUCCUGCGCCGCCGCCCUCACCUCCAGCUGCCCCCAGGGUUUCACCAAGGUCGGCUCCGUCAACUGCAGCCUGUCCCAGCUGGUCAGGGAGAACCUGUAACUUUAACGGAGUCUGUGUCGAUGGAGACGUUGGUAACGGCACCUGCGUCUGUAAUGAGGGUUUUUCGGGUUUCGCCUGCCAUGAGUGUAAAAAUCCAGACGUUUUUGGAAAGAACUGUGAUAAAGUGUGUGACUGUGUGAAUGGAGUGUGUAACAAAGGUCCAGAUGGUGAUGGACAGUGUUUGUGUCAGCCACCGUACACCGGGAAGCGCUGCGACCAAGUGAGCAGCAGGUGCAGCAGCUGCAGCUCCUACUCGUACUGCAGAGGAGACAGAGACAACGCCGAAUGUGAAUGUUUGCCUGGAUACAGGAGGAUGACUCAGAACAAAUGUUCAAUUUGCAGACAAGACGAUCGGGGAGAUUCUGACCAAAGAUGAAAAAUUCAACCGUUUCCUGUCUUUGGUUGAUAACUGCGGGUCUCCUCCUCCUCUUCGUGGACCAGGACCCCUCACCGUGUUUGUCCCCACUAACGAGGCGGUGGAUCGGGCCCGAGACGGCAGCAUCCUGUACAUGCUGAACGAUGCCAAACAUAAACUUCAGGAGCUACUCAGACAUCAUGUUUUCUCCCAGGCUGUGCUGACAGUCGACGAGUUGGCUGCUCUUCCUGGCAUUCGGACGAUGGCCAAUCAGUUGGUCUCUAUCUCUGCGUCAGAAGACGGGGAGCUCCAGCUGGACAAGAAGGGCAUUCGACUGGCGAGCAGCAACAUCGUGGCGUCCAACGGGAUCAUCCACAUGAUUGACGGGCUGCUGUACCCGCCCUCCAUCCUGCCCAUCCUGCCCCACCGCUGUGACAUCACCGAGAGUAAAAUCACUGUGGGUCCGUGUGUUCACUGCAGCUUCCUGUCUGAGACUCAGUGUCCUGAAGGCAGCGUGGAAAUGGCGAAGUGUGAGCAGAAGCAGGGCGGGCUUCACACCUGCACCUGUCCUGACGGCUACGCAGGAGACGGGAAGAUCUGCUUCGGAUCUUUACUGGAUGAGCUGGACAUGAACAUAAAGAUGUACAGUUUCUUCAAACUGAUCCAGAAGUUCAGCCACGCCUCCGAGGAUCUGAGCGGGAACCUCACAGUCCUGGUUCCGUCUCGAGAUGUCCUGAAGAACAUGAGCGCCGAUGAGAACUCGUUCUGGACCAGCCGACACCGCCUGCCUCACUUCCUGCGGGCUCACAUCUUGGUGGGGGUCUACUCUGUGGAGGAUCUGGACCGUCUGGUGGGGAGCAGGCUGCCCACUCUGAACCCGUCCACUCAGUGGGAGAUCAGGAACAUCAGUGGGAUAAUCCAUAUUGGAAAUGCUGCCAUCAUUGUUCACAACCUGCCUGCACGCAACGGUUACCUCCACAUCGUAAACCAGGUCAUGACCCCGCCCCUCUCCAGUCUCCCACCUGAACCCCCGACGCUGAUGGCUUUCCUGAACUCAUCCUCCAGCUUCUCCCUCUUCGGGCGAUACGCUCUGGUGUACAACCUGUCAGGUGAGCUGGAGGAUCUGGAGUUUACCCUCCUGCUGCCGACAGACGAGGCCGUCAGGCAGCACCUCAGCAGGACGAACUCAUCGGUGCUGGACUCGGAUACGUUCCGGUACCACGUGAUUCCCAAAGAGAUGCUCUUCCCGGACCAGCUGCACGACGGUUUGGUAAAGAGCACUCUGCUGGGCGCCGACUACCAGGUCCAGUUCCACCUGAACAACAAAAACCAGACGGUCGUGAACAACGUUCUUCUGAACAGCAGUUUCACUGAAACACAGAACGGCAUCAUCAUGGUGCUCCCGCAGGUGCUCACAGUGCAACGCAACAGAUGCAGCAAAGACGUCUUCCUGCAAGUCAAAGGAAGGUGUUCAGAUUGUGAAGGACCUCCUCGCUGCCUCUUCAGCUACUCUCCAAUCAGAGAGACGUUUCCUGCCAACAUGAAGCCCAACUGUGUGUACAGGAAGCGGGUCAUGUCCAGGAGGAAGUCUGUGCCGGGCUGUGUCAUUCAGUGUCUCCGACAGACCACGGACCACUCCUGCUGCCCCGGUUUCUACGGCCACGAGUGCUUCAAGUGCCCCGGAGACGCCGGCAGCCGUUGCUCCGGCCACGGGGAGUGUCAGGACGGUAACCACGGCAACGGAGAGUGCCGCUGCUACGAGGGUUUCCACGGCACCGCCUGCGAGGACUGUGAGCCGGGCCGCUACGGAGUCAACUGCUCCUCCAAGUGCGCGUGCGAUCACGGGAAGUGCAGCGAUGGCCUGACAGGAACUGGCAGGUGUACGUGUUACAAAGGUUGGAAAGGAGCUUCCUGCUCUACAGAAAUCAAGGAUGACGCCUGUGGAGGUGUAUGUGAUGAGAACGCCAACUGUGUAACAGGUCCACAGGGAUCAGCUGCUGCCUGUUCCUGUGUCGCUGGAUACGAGGGAAACGGAACCUUCUGCAAAGAGGUGGAUCUGUGCAGCAGGUCGAACGGCGGCUGCUCCAAGUUUGCUGUCUGCACGAAGGUCUCAGGCGGAGAGAGGACCUGCGCCUGUAAUCAGGGCUACACUGGAGACGGAGUCGUCUGCCUGGAAAUCGAUGGCUGUCUGGUCAACAACGGGGGCUGCCACAAAUCAGCCGAAUGCAUCAGAACUGGGCCGAAUACUACCGCCUGCAGCUGCCGGUCGGGCUUUCAAGGGUCAGGAAAGUUCUGUUAUCCCGUCAACCCCUGCAGAACCAACAACGGCGGCUGCAGUAAAUUCGCCAGGUGUGAGUACAUGGGUCUGGGUCAGAGGAACUGCACCUGCUUCAGAGGCCACGUGGGCGACGGCUUCGACUGCAGAGGAAGCACCACCAACGAGCUGUACCGUCAGCCGGAGAACGCCUUCUUUCGGCUGAUGUUAUCUAAAACAGAGUCUCCUGCUCUUUAUGGCGACGGACCGUACACUGUCUUCGUACCUCUGGAGAAAUCCAACAAUCAGUCCACUGUGGACGAGUGGAAGAGGGCGGGUCAUAUAGAGCACCUGGUGCGUUACCACGUAGUUUCCUGUGAGGUUCUGACCUUAAGUGACCUCAAAACCACCAAACGUGCCCUCUCUGUGUCAGGAUACCCUCUGGACUUCAGCGUGCAGCAGGGUUCAGUGUGGAUCAACAACGUGUCGAGGAUCGUGAAGAGCGAUUACCAGACCAGUAAUGGAGUUAUUCACCACAUCGACACGCUGCUGACGCCCUACAAGCUGGAGGAAAAACCACAGCUGGAGUUUAAAACGAUGAACUUCAGCUCAGCGGCCAUGCUGUACGGUUACACCCGCUUCUAUAAACUCAUUGAGGAUGCAGGUUUACUCCCAGUGCUCCAGAUGUCCAUCCACCAGCCGUUCACCGUCUUCUGGCCCACCGACACGGCCCUGGCCUCCCUGCCGGCCGAACGGCAGCGCUGGCUCUCCAGCCCCGACCACCAGGACCAGCUCGCCGCUACCGUCAAAGCUCACAUCGUCCGCAACGCCAAACUGACGGGGAUCGGCCAGCCCACUAAAUCCACCUGGUAUCGGACCAUGCACGGAUCCACCAUCACGUUCAGCUGCGACAAAGCGCUGGUGGGAGACGUGUUGAUUAAUGAAGAUGCAGCCAGGCUUGUGGAGCGCUUCAUGCCCUUCAAGGAGGGCCUGGGCUUCGGCAUCGACCAGCUGCUGGAGCCGCCCGGACUGGGAGCCUUCUGCGACAGCGUUGAGAACAAAACCACCUUCGGACGCUGUGGAAACUGUUUUGUUCCUCCGCCCUGCGCCAUCAGACAGAUCGACACGGGGAGGAAAACUCCUUGUCUCAGGCGUAACUCCAGGUACAGACCCAGAUAUACCAGCUGGGGCAUCCCGGACGAUCGCUUCAGUGUGAUGGGCUGCAUGAGAGUCUGUCAGUAUUCUUCCUGGGUUCAGAAGUGCUGCAAAAACCACUACGGCAGGGACUGCCAAGUGUGUCCGGGGGGCGUUGAGGACCCCUGCGGCAGCCACGGAGACUGUGACGACGGCGUUACCGGAUCAGGACUCUGCAGGUGCCACAAAGGAUUCAAAGGGAAAUCCUGCGAACUCUGCGUGAGCGGAUACUACGGGGCCAACUGCACAGCCUGCAGCUGUGGGAUGGGAAGCUGUGACGAUGGCGUGGACGGCACCGGUCGGUGUGUCUGUAAGCCGGGCUGGGAAGGGGAUGGCUGCCAGAACAAGAUCGGCUCGGUCCCACCGGAGUGCCGGCAGUGCCACGCUCAGGCCAUGUGUGUGUCACGGGUCGGCUGUUUGUGUAAACCUGGGUUCGAGGGCAACGGGACUUUCUGCAGCCCGGCACCGCCUCCUGAUCUCUGCUCCGAGUACAACGGCGGCUGUCACCUGAACGCAGACUGCAACCAGACAGGGCUGCUGGUCAACUGCACCUGUCGCAGCGGGUACCGCGGCGACGGCUUCUCCUGCGAGCCCAUCAACAGGUGUGUUGAAGAGCAGAACGGCGGCUGCAGCGACUUCGCCUCCUGCAAGUUCACCGGUCCGAACGAGCGUGAGUGUGAGUGCCUGCUGGGGUACGUGGGAAACGGAGUCCAGUGUCUGGAGAAGGUGGUGCCCCCCGUGGACCGCUGCCUGCUAGACAACGGAGGCUGCGACCCCGUGGCCACCUGCAAGGACCUCCAUUUCCACGCCAACACAGCCGGAGUGUUCCACCUGCGCUCACAGGAGGGGAGGUACAAGAUGAACUUCAGUCAGGCCGGCGCCGCCUGCCAGGAUGAGGGCGCCAUGCUGGCUACCUUCAAACAGAUGGGCGACGCCCAGCAGCUCGGGAUGCACCUGUGUGUCGCCGGCUGGAUGGAGGGCGGGAAGGUGGGCUAUCCGACCCGCUUCCCCUCAGCCAGGUGUGGAGAAAACCACGUGGGCCUGGUGAUGUACAAAGAACCUGUGGACCAGAGCAGCGAGUACGACGCCUACUGCUACAGGCUCAGAGAUGUCUCCUGCGUGUGCUCUGAUGGUUACGUUGGAAACGGGGACUUCUGUAACGGCGUCCUGACCAAUGUUCUUGCAACAAACAGCAACUUCUCCAUCUUUUACAAAUUGCUGUUGGACCACAGCGGCUCGGAGGAGGGUCGACGGCUCGUUGAAGUUUUGUCUUACAGGAAGUCUGAAGUCACGCUGUUCGUUCCUCAUAACUCUGGGUUUCCACAGAACCAGACUCUGUCUGUGAGAGAUCUGCAGUACCACGUCUCAGCCAAUCACAGCAGGCGACCCUUCAAGGACCUGAGACAUCAGGAAGUCAUCGUGUCACUGCUCGGAUUCAACCUGACCGUGACCCACAGCAAGAACCAGAGCUGUAAGCUGGUGAACCAGCAGCUGCUGCUGGACUGGGACAUCCCCGCCGUCAACGGGAUCAUCCACGUCAUCGAGGCGCCGCUGAGAGCCCCCGCCCCCCCGGUGAACCACGGCGACAACAGAGUCUCCACCCACGCCGCCGGUGCAGUGUCGGCCAUAUUGGUGGUUGUGUUGGCGUGUCUGUUGGCUGUAGGCGGGUACUACGUCUUCAGACACAAGAUGGACGCCUUCCGCUUCCACUAUUUCAAAAACGAGGACGAAGACGCUGCGACAGGAAGUACCAACAAACCCACGCUGGUUUCCAUCCCCAACCCGCUGUACAGCGGCUCCAGAGCCUUCGCCGAGCCAUUCGAGGACACGUGUCAGGAAGCAGAACCCAAAGAACCACCAAACCUCCUGGAACUGGACCAGUAGCACCAGAGGACUGAUGUGGUUUUGUCACAGAACACAGAACCUGCAGAUUAAUAAAGAUCAUGAACAAAAUGUC